AAUAAUUGUGUCAAUGAUACAUUAGAGAAGCUCCAAGUCCAAAACAUAUUUUGUCCCAUUCGGCCCAAUUCAGCCUAUCCCCCACUACACACAGAUUACAUAUACAAUAGAGUUGACCAGGGUUGAUCAAUGAUCAUAGUUGAGUGUUGACUCUCUUGACUUUUCUCUCGUCUCUGCAGCUCUACUUUCUAUGUAGUGGUCUCUGGUCUCUAUAGUCUUCUUGUUUUGUUUAUAACUUAUAUAUUAAUUUUUUUUUUGGUGCAAAAAUGGAGGACAAUAAAGUCAAUACAACGAAUAAUAAAAUGAUUAAAUAUAAUGAAAAUUUAUUUAAAAUUAGAGAAAAAUCAAUAUAUUUUCAUAUUUACAGCAGUGUUAAUCAAUCAGAAUGCAUACGUCUUCGUACACUUAUAGAGAAAACUGGCGGUAUUAUCUCGGAUGACCCUAGUCAUAAUGCAAUAAAUUUAACAAAUCUACAAACAAUUUACUAUCGCAAAAAAAAAGAUGAAAACUACACACUUCAUCAUAGUCAAUUUAUUUAUGAUUCAGUUGAAAAAAAUUGUCUACAAAAUAUAAAAAAUUACAGGGUACCAGGCUUUUCAAAGUCAGACAAUGCGAUGAUAAAAUUAUCAAACUUUCUAGAUGAAGAUGACACAAUAACAAGUUUUAUGACAAAUAAAAAUAAUAAAGAUAAUGUCGAUAAAAAAAGUAAUUCAAUAAUCAAUAAGCAAAAGGUUACAAAAUCACUAGAAAAACUUGUUAAUCAGCUAGUUAAUUCGACUGAUGAUGAUGAAGCAUCUAAUAUUGCUGUUGAUCAAGUAUUAUCAAUUCAAUCAUCACAAAUAUCCAAGCAUUUGUCUGGCUGUUUGAUAUCAAAUUAUUCAUUGGAAAGUACACCUAUCAGUAAAACAGGAUCAGAUCUAGAUGAAGAUUCAUCAAGUAAGCCACAAGCUCGUCUUGUAAGAAAUCCAUUUUUCAAGAAAAAAAAUAAACAAGCAUAUUCAACAGUUGACAUUAAUUAAAGUCGCGAAAUAAAAAAAAAGAUUGAUGAUCUGUAAAAAAAGAUGAAUCAGUUACUAAAAAUUUAUUGAAUAAUCACUUAUCAUCUGUUGGAAAA